AUGUCGCUCAAUCAGCUUCUACAGCCUUGUUUCGACAACGCUCAGCUGCUAUUCUCACAACUUCCCCCUAGCGUUCACGUCUAUCUUUCGCGUCCACUCGUCCGCAAGGCCCUCGCUCUGGUGGCAACGGUACAGCUUCUAAGGAGUGUUAACAGCUAUCUUUCUCAACGAGCACAGAAUAACUGGGUUCGUGCCCAGGCAUGGAACCCGAGGAAUGAGCUGGUGCUCGUGACUGGAGGAAGCAGUGGCAUCGGCAAGCAGAUUGUCUUCGACUUGGUCAAGCUCAACGUGAAGGCAAUCAUCAUCUUCGACAUCCAGGAGCCUAAUUUCCAACUACCAUCCAAUGUAUUCUUCUUCAACGUGGAUCUCACCUCCUCCGCCGCGAUCAAGGAGGCGGCAGCAGAGGUCUAUAGGGCGCAUGGUCAUCCAACGGUUCUCAUCAACAACGCCGGAGUUGGGUUUCAAGGGACUAUCCUGGACGAACCUGAGGAGAAGAUUCGCCUGACACUCGAGGUAAACACACUGUCGCAUUUCUGGACGGUCAAACAAUUUCUUCCGAGCAUGAUUAAGAAUAAUCACGGGCAUAUCGUUACAAUCGCGAGCAUGGCGAGUUUUGCUUCUCUAGGUGAAAUGGCCGACUAUGGGGCCUCGAAAGCCGGGGCGCUGGCUUUCCAUGAAAGCUUGACGCAGGAAAUCAAGCACUGGUACGGGUCAAGGAAAGUGCGCACGAGCAUCAUCCACCCCCUCUGGGUCCAGACUCCUAUGAUCGGGGACCUGGUGGAAAACAGGGCGCGCUUCGGACAGCCGAUCAUGACGCCAGACAGGGUAUCAAAGGCGGUCAUCCAGCAGCUGGUCAAGGGAAACGGCGGCCAGGUGAUUGUGCCUUCGUCACAUGGGUUUGCUUCAAUGCUACGAGGGCUGCCCAGCUGGAUCCAGGAGCGGUUGCGAGAUCGUCAAUCGCAGAAUUUUGUGAGACUGCGCCGCGCGGAGCAAGAGCUGGGGAAAACGGCCUGA